AUGAAGUUCACCCACGCAGCCGUCGUCCUCCUUGCCGGUGUCGCCGCCGCGGCACCAACAACCUCUCAAGUUCUUCGCCAGUCCCAGCGCCAGCGCAGGGCCAACGGCAGUGGUGGCAGCGACAUCAUCUCCCAGCUCCAGAACACCUUUGACAGGAAUAACCCCAACGGCACUCCCGCCGCCGCCGGAGACCCGGCCGACCUCAACGGCGAUGGUGUGAUCAACGUUUUCGAGGCCGGCGCGCAGGCCAGCAAGAUGAAGCGCGGCAAGGGCAAGGGCAAGAACCAGCAGGCUGCCGGCGCCGGUGGCAACAACAACAACAAUAACAACAACAAUGAUGCUGCCGACGGAGAGGAUGCUGCUGACGACGCUGCUGGUGCCGGUAACGCUGGUAACGCCGCUGGUGCCGCUGACGGCGCUGCGGACGCGGGCAACGCCAAUGCCGGCAACGCCAACGCCGGCAACGGAGGCAAGAAGAACAAGGCCAACAAGAACGCUGGCAACGCCGGUGCUGGUAACGCUGCUGCCGGUGGUGCUGCCGGAGGUGCUGCUGCCAACAACGGCACCGCGGCCGCUGGUGGUAACGCCGGUAACGCUGGAAACGCUGGAAACGCGAACAACCAGCAGAACGGAAACAAUGAGCAGCAAGGAGACAACCAGGAUGGUGCUCAGAACGGCGGUAACAACCAGAACGGCGGCAACAACAACAAUGACAACGCCGCGGACGCCGGAAACGCUGCUGAUGGUGCUGCCGAUGCCGGAAACGCCAACGGAAACAACCAGCAGAACGGCAACAACCAGAACGGCAACCAGCAACAGGGAAACAACCAGGACGGUGCCGCUGAUGCUGGAAACGCCGGCGCUGGCAACAACGCUGGCAACGCAGGUAACGCAGGCAAGGCUGGUAAAGCUGGUGGAAACCAGAAGAACGCUGGCGGCAACAACAACAACGCCGACAACGCUGCGGAUGCCGGAAACGCUGCUGGCGGUGCUGCCGAUGCUGGAAACGCCAACGGUAACAACCAGCAGGGCAACAACCAGAACGGAAACCAGCAGAACGGCAACAACGAGCAACAGGGAGACAACAAAGAUGCCGAGGAUGCUGCUGGCGGUGCUGCCGAUGCUGGAAACGCCAACAACAACAACCAGCAGAACGGCAACAACGAGCAGCAAGGAAACAACCAGGACGGCCAGGCGGCUGGUGGAAACCAGAAGAACGCUGGUGGCAACAACAACAACGCCGACAAUGCUGCAGAUGGCGAGAACGCUGCGGACGAUGCCGCCGACGGAGCUGCUGCUGGCAACGCUGGCAAUGCUGCUGGAGGCAACGCCAAGUCCAACAAGGCCAACAAGAACGGAGGUGCUCAGGCUCGUCGCUUUCUCCGCCGCGAGUGGUAA